GCCUGCGCACUGCGGUCCGCCCCGCCCGUUGGGUGGCGUGGGAAAUGGUGCUCUCGGAGCUGGCCGCGCGCCUCAAUUGCGCAGAGUACAAGAACUGGGUGAAAGCCGGACACUGCCUGCUGCUACUGCGCAGCUGCCUGCAGGGCUUCGUCGGCCGUGAGGUGCUCUCCUUCCACCGCGGCUUGCUCGCCGAGGCCCCCGGCCUGAGCCCCAGCGCCACCUGCCGCGGCGGCUCGCGGUGCAGCCCGCGUGCCCGUCAGUUUCAGCCGCAGUGUCAGGUGUGCGCGGAGUGGAAACGGGAGAUUUUGAGACAUCACAUCAACAGGAACGGAGACGUGCACUGGGGAAAUUGCCGGCCGGGCCUCUGGCCCGUGGACGCUUGGGAGGUAGCCAAGGCCUUCAUGCCCCGAGGACUAACAGAUAAACGAGGCCCUGAGGAAUGCGAUGCAGUUGCUCUUUUAAGUCUCAUCAACUCCUGCGAUCACUUUGUGGUUGAUCGAAAGAAAGUCACAGAGGUGAUUAAGUGUCGCAACGAGAUCAUGCACUCUUCAGAGAUGAAAGUAUCAUCUACAUGGCUCCGAGACUUUCAGAUAAAAAUCCAAAAUUUUCUAAAUGAAUUCCGGAAUAUUCCAGAGAUUGUGGCAGUAUACUCCAGAAUAGAACAGUUGUUGACGUCUGACUGGGCUGUUCACAUCCCUGAGGAAGAUCAGCGAGAUGGGUAUGAAGGCGAAACAGGAAGUUACCUGAGUGCAAGCCAAGUAAAUGAGAUCGAAAUGGAAUUACUGAGGGAAAAACUUCAUGAGAUGUAUCUUCAAGCAGAAGAACAAAAGAUGUUGCCCGAAGAGAUCUCAAAUCGACUGGAAGUGAUGAAGGAAUUUCUGAGGAACAAUGAAGAUCUGAGAAAUGGUCUUCGAGAAGACAUGCAGAAGCUAGACAGCCUCCAUCCCCCAAAUCCAAAAAGAGACUCAAAGGAGCCUGGGAGAGAGACACCUGAAAGGAAGGACUGAGGUUGACCUUCAACAAAAGUCAGGCAUGUCCUGUGAAAGUCAGCAUGGCUUCCAGCUCAGGCAAAAGGAAGAAGUUUUCAGAGUACUAUACUCCAGCGAAGAGGAGGUUUUGUUGUCCUGGACUUUGCUCUGAUUCUUUGGAAAUACACACACACACACACACACACACACACACACACACACACACACAUAUAUAUUUUUUCUUUCCCAUAUUCACAAAUUUGCGGUUGUGUGAUAUAUGCCAAUCCAAAAAUAUUGGAUACUCUUGUGCCAUAGCUGUUAACAGCCAGGGACUUCGGCUACUUCAAAGGUGAGAUUCUUUUCUGGCCAGUCCUGUGUCAAGGCCUCACAUGGAGUGCUGUGCCCCAGGCAGAUGCAUCCUAUCCCCCUGCCCACUGCCUGACAGUGUCUCGCAUGCAGAUGGCCAGGGCUGGCCUGGAACCUUCCAUUUUGGAAGAAGGCAAGAGGGCAAAGUGCCUGGAAGGCCGCUCUCUAGCCAACCGAGUAUAGAACUGAACCAUUCCUAACAGGUUUGAAUAGACCGAGGCUCCAGGCCAGGGGACGGCCAUGGUGGUGAGUGCAGGGCUGGAGGACAGCGAGUGGCUUAACUAACAAGGGCCCAGGCCCACGACAUAUCAGGGACAUCAAGGGGAGGGCUCAGUUGGCAGCUUAUUUACAAUAUACUUAUGGGGAGUAAACUCGGUGACAGCCAUGGCAAUUUUUGUGCAGUUGUAUACCCAGUGCCAGGGGCAGGGCCUGGCCCUCACGGCCAGCGUGUACUCAUCUAACUGAACAUUCAUCUUUUGGCCUUUGAGUGUUUAUGAGUAUUUAUUGGUAUAAAUGUCAUACUGCUAACUAAGCCUGGUCCUUCAUUAUGAAAUUUAAGAGUGAACUUUCGACAUUCUUAUAAAGCUAAGACAUUUCCUUUCAACAGAUUCAGAUUCCUUUGUACUUAGCUCUUUUCAUUUUUACACCCCAAAUCUCCACUCCUGGCUUCACCCUGUUUGUGCCUGAAUGACACAAGCAGUGCACCAUUGUGUGCAGUGAUCUAUGGGGUCGGCCUCACUUUCACCCCAUCUGAUCACUUGCAAGGCCAGUGGCACUAAACUGGAUCAAGUCACCUCUGAACCUUUCAGGGACGGAAUUUGUCUGGAAGAAGUACACUGAGGGAAGGUGAUCUGCUCCUUUGCCUAUCCAGCUUCCCAUCAAGGUUGUAAUUUGUAGAGAAUGGGUGGAGGGAGGAGGUAUAUUGGGCAUAAAUGUCUACAUUAAAAUGCAUUUACUACGAUUCUGUAAAACCUGGGUGAGUUCACAUGUACCUACAGCUUCACGCUUUGUCUUCUCAGUUGCUGUGCAGUUUUUAGUCUUGUGUUUUUUCCUGGAGCUCUUUGGGAACUCUUCAGUGGUGAAGGAAGAAUUUUAAUUCAUCUUGCAACUUUCCCAACUAAGAAACUUCAAUGAAAUAUCUCCUGGUUUCUAGCAAUGAGAUACAAAACGUGGAAUCAAAUGGAAUCUGGUUGAUGCACUAACCAGUUUAAGACCUGAUUUCUCUCUCUAGGAACUUUGGAAAGUGAACUGACUCAUACCUGUGUCUAGUUAAUUUUUCCCUAUUUAUCUGAAAAACACUUAUGGAAUGUCCACCAUGUUAGAGACACUGAAGUAGAUGCACAUAUAAGGAUUUGUAAAGUAUGGAUGACCAUA